AUGGCUGAAGCAAAUCCAAAGGCCCACGUAGUUCUUCUCCCAAGCCCAGGGAUAGGUCACCUCACCCCACUAGCCACGCUCGCCAAGCGCCUUGUUCUCAAUCACGACUUAUCCGCCACCAUCAUCACCUUCUCCGACCUCUCCUCCGGCAUCCAACAAUCUUUGCUCUCCUCCCUUCCCAACGGAGUCACUUCUGUUUCCCUUCCGGCCAUUCCCCUCGACGACCUUCCCAUCAACACUCACAUCGUCACUCGCCUCUCAAUCAUGAUUUCCCGCUCUGUUCCCUUCCUGCGUGAAACUUUACUCGCCCUCCAAAAGACUAGGCGCAUCGUCGCCUACAUCAUAGACCACUUCGGCGGCGAAACCCUCUCCUUGGCUUCUGAGCUAGGCAUUCCUCGUUACAUCUUCGGCACAACCAACUUCUUUUAUCUAUCCUUCUUGCUCAACCUUCCUUCUCUUUAUCAUGACAAGCCUGGCAACCAUAACCCAAACCAGGUUCUAUUUUUGCCCGGUUGCACGCCGCUACAUCCCAAGGACUAUAGUAGGUCAUGUAUUGAUAAAAAUAGCAAGGUCUUCCAAUGGAUGCUUCGUCACUCGAAGCAUCACGAUCAAGUUGAUGGAAUCAUGGUCAACAGUUUCGAAGCCAUGGAAGGUGGCACGGCCAGAUUUCUUAAAGAGAGGGGAAAUGGAAAGCCCCCGAUCUUCUCCAUCGGGCCACUCACUUGUGAUAGCAGGUCAGAUAAAAGCCAAGUCGAGAGUGGCCUCUGCUUGCGGUGGCUCGACCAACAACCAGGUCGCUCCGUGUUAUUCAUAGCAUUCGGGAGCGGUGGCAUGCUUUCUUUCAAGCAGACAAAGGAGAUGGCUUUGGGGUUGGAAAUGAGCGGCCAGAGAUUUUUGUGGGUGGUUCGGAAGCCAGUGGAUGCCGAUGCAAGCUCGGCUUACUUUAAUCAUCGUCAUGGAAAAAAUAACCCACUUGGGUUUUUACCGGAAGGAUUUGUGGAAAGGAUGAAGGAAAAGGGGAUGGUCGUGCCUUCGUGGGCACCGCAGGAAGAAAUACUCGCCCAUGGAGCCAUAGGUGGAUUUCUUUCACACUGUGGAUGGAACUCGACCUUGGAAAGCAUCAUCAAUGGCGUGCCAAUGAUCACAUGGCCGCUCUACUCGGAGCAACCAAUGAAUGCGGUCAUGCUCGUGGAGGGGGCAAAGGUGGCGCUGCGUCCGACUGUGAUGAAUAAUGAUGAUCAGGUGGUGGGGAAGGAGGCUAUUGCGGAUGUGGUGAAGGAUUUAAUGGAAGGAGAGGGAGGGAAAGACGUGCGUCGAAGAAUGCAUGAGUUGAAGGAGGCGGCCAUGAAAGCGGUCGGAGCAAACGGGUCUUCAAAUAAGGCACUUGCUCAGAUGGUCAACAAGUGGAAAACAAUGGCUUCCAAUUAG